GGCAAACAAUAAUCUUCCUUGAAUGUGCUUCGCUUGGUUCGAGAGCGUCCAUCUACAAUAAUGGCAGAGUGGAAAAGUCGAUUUCUGUCUCGCCUUUCUGGGAAGAAAAUUAAAGAUGAGACCGAAGGUGUUUGUUUUGAAAAAACAGCCACAGUGUACAGUGACAGCGUCAUCAUAGAUGCGAUACCUCAAAAAACAACAUUGGUUGAUGAAAAUGACAAUUAUGUGAGGAAAAAUACCAAAAUAAUCCAGGUGGAAACACAAGAGAAGCAUCUGACCCGGCAAGAAGUGGUACAUAUGCUAAAAUCUCGCUUCAAAGAUGAUCUUAGCCAAUAUCAAACUCGCAAAGAUCAAAUAUCUAUUGAUGAUGUUUGCUCGGAGCCUUCGAGGUCGCCGAAGUUCACAGCAAGGAAUCGUUAUGGAUAUUAUCCACAAAGCCCCGAUACUUCUCAUCCAGCCUUGCCAAGAAAAGUAGAUAGCAAAUCAGGUACCAUCUGGCUACAAUGUGGGGAAGAAAUCAAACAGGUGAAAUUGCCUGAGGAUGCAGCCACACUGGGCCACAUCAAGCUAUUGUUUCAAGACAAUUUCCAUUCCGAGUUGAAGAAUUACGCUUUUAGUGCUGAUCGCGGCAUUUUACUUAUCAGAGAUCCUUUCACUCGAGCUUUUAAAGAGUUGAAUGACGUUAGGCAUGUCCACCCAGGAAGUCAUCUAAAACUACUAGCCCCAAAGAAAAAACCUUGUCGGAGUCCAGACCACGGCAAACUUAACAGUAGCUUCACUUAUGACGAACGCAGACGAUCCAGAAGUUUCAAUUCAUCAGAAAUCGAUGCCCUCUCUAAAGCAAUUACACAAAAAGGAAUAUCACGCACAAGAGCAGGGAGCUAUUCAUUUCAUGGAACCACGAAAUCUGGAUAUAUCGCGACUCCCAAACGUCAUAUAGUGUCUAGUACACCGAAGGAUAAACAUACGAGUGUUGUUCCUGCUAAAAAUUUUCCAAAUGAUGUGUCAAGACCAAGCCCACUAAACAGGACAAAAAGCCCAGUUCCAUUUUCACCGAGUUAUGGUAAAGCUUGGCAAACUUUUACCCAUAACGAAAUGUCUCCCACAUGCCAUUCGAAUGUUGGUUCGCCUACCCCAAAAUCGAUGCCGAAUGGGGUGGUAUCAAGGCUUGACAGUAACGAAGUCAGAAAGCCAUCAAGAGGUGCUGCAGAAGCGCAUCCGAACAGUCUUGCAGGUCUUCCGGAAGAAGCGUUAAGAACAGAUAGUGUUAGUGACGUGACAAGUUAUGACAAUUCAAUGGACUCGCUUGAUGCUCCAUUCAGGCCAGCCUACAUCUCUUCUAGUUCUACCAACAAAAUAAGAUCUGCUAGUGACUCUGGAACGGAAUCUAUAAUUGCUGUAAAUUGUGGAAGAAGUUCUAUAGAACCAAAUACGAAUCCACCUCAUCCGAGUUUGAUUUCAAGCAAAGAAACAGUGGGAGUUCUUUCUCCUUCGAAAGAGUAUAAGGAAAAAGAGCAAGAAUGUUCUACGGCAGAGUCGCCGAGGAGAUCAAUUGUUAGACCAAGAGUUUGGGUGGAUACAUCACACCGUGCAAGAGAUGAAUCAAUUAGGGUGAAGUCCACAUAUCUCCGGAAAGAUGUCAAGCAACUGAGGUUAAAGUUGAAGGAAUUGCGCAGUCAACAUGAAUACAAUUCUCACAUCUUUCAUUCCAUGAUUUCCAAGACAGGAAAGCGAAUCACCCAGGCUAUUGAAACUGUUGUGUCAAAUUCACAAAAGAACUCUAAUAUUCAACGACAAAAAAUGCGAGAUGAAGAAAGUGCAUAUCAAAGACGCAGCGAUAAUGCUGAAAAAACUAUGAGACGUCUGGAGAAUGAGAUUGAGAUGUUGCGAGAAGCAGCGGUCAAUUAUAAAUCAAGUACAAGACAAAGUGAACUCGAUGAAAUUCAUGCCUCCCUUGAAAAUUUGAACCGAUCAAUUGCUUCCUUAAAGUCUGAUUUUGAAAGCCUCAAUAAAGAUGCAAGGGGCGUAAUGACCGCGGAAAAACAUUCCUUAUUUGAAGAAGAGAGAUUUUUCAAAGAGGAGCCCCUGCGUUUAGGUCAACUUGUGAACCGCUCCCGCCAUGCCAUUGGUAACCUUCUAUCAUUACAAAAGCUGGCGCAACAGGACGCAAACAAGGUACCCAGAACUGGAAAUAGCUGUCCUGUUGUUUUAAAGAGUCCGAUGAAGGAAACAGAUACAAUAAAACGUAAUGGGAGUUACAGGCCGGGCGCCGUUGUUACUCAGAUAUCUCACAAAACCAAAGUUGAAUAUGGCGGAGCAAGAACAACUGCUGCGUAUAAUCAAAACAACGGUUCUCAGGCAAGCGUUGCUAAAACGAAGGUUCGUUUCAGUGAUUCCGCAGAAUGCAGAACUUAUCGUCAAUAAUAUUCACAGCUGCGUUCUAUAUCACAUAGGUCCAACUUAAGGGUAAGUUUGAACCAGAUAGUUUACCCAGGGAGUUGGUACAAAAGAGUUACUUAACCCUCGUGAAUUAACAUGCAUUCCGUAAAUCUUGGGUAAAAACAGGCGGAUAGGAAGAGGGCGAGGUUCCGAUCACAAUGUCCGAAGUCAUAACUCUCCUGUUUGUAGCCCAUCCAGUUUCAGUAAAGUAGACUUUCAACUACAUGUAAGCUCAGAAAACAUCCAAAUAGACGUUGCCAUCAAUUGGGUUGCGCUACAUAUAUGCAAAACCUGCUUUAACAGGGACUAAUUGGUACACUAUACAACAAAUCAUGGUUCAAACUAAACGGUCUACAUGCGAGGGUUAAGAAAAUAUGUAUAGGCUCACGGUAUAUUCAACUAACUGACUGACCUAGAGAAUAGCUGGCAUGGCAUGGCAAAGGAGUCUGAACAUAGAACUUUGUAAACGAUGCUUUAUUUAUGCUUUAACUUAUACACAAGAACGCUCUACGGCCACUUUUGUUUUAACUUAGGACAAAUAAAUAUCUCGUGUAUAAG